AUGGAGCACUUAGCCAACGACGUGACCGUGGUCCAGCUCUCGAUCUCAGAAGCGACUUGCCUGUGCUCGAAAGCUCUCGAAAAUGCAGGAUACUCUACGAGUGAUGCGGAGAUGAUCACAAAACAUCUAGUUGACGCCGAGCUCAGAGGCGGUCCCUUUGCCGGCUUAGCCCGAGCAUUGAGUAUUAUUGAUCAUCUUCAAAGCUCGGUGACGAGAUCUUCCAAAUACAUUGAGGUCGUCCGCGAAGGGGCAGCAUUCGUAAGGCUCGACGGACAUGACGCCAUCGGGUAUUUGGUAGCAUAG